GCCAAGACAGAUGCUUAAUCAACUGAGCCACCCAGGCGCCCCCCCACACCAAUGGCCUUAUUUUUUACUGGCUCUUUUCCAGUAUAAAAGUUAAACAAUUCUCAUUAAAAAGAAAACUGGGAAAGGUAGAAGAGCACCUUAUUUCCUUAUACUGACAAACCGGUUUUCCCAUUCUGUACAUUCCUUCAGGAUCUGCCCCCGCUGCCAUUGUGCCUGCCAUGGGCGUGUGAUAUUUUUUCAAAAUGUGUUUCAAUCAUCAGGUACACACACAGUUAUUUGGUUGGCUUUCUAUUACAAAAGUAAUGUAGGUUGUAAAGACAUUUUUAACCAUUAUAGAGACAUAUAAACCAAAAAGGAAAAAAAAAAAACAGUCCUUCACAGAUCUCUUCCCCAACCCUUACCCGGAUAUAUUCCUUGUGUUUGGCAAAAGUGGGAUUUACUUCAGUAGCUCUGUUGUUGUUUUAACUGAAAUGUAACCAUGUAGAAAAGUACACACAUGCCAAGCAUAUGAAUCUACAAAUCAUCAUACUGAAGCACAAGCCUGGGGAGAGCAGAACAAGGUCCGCCCCCCAGAAACCCCCCAGUCCUCCUAGCAGCCCCGCUCCCUUCUACUGCCCGGGACAUGACAGUAAUCAGGGACAGUGGGUCUAAAACUGCUUUCACCGGGGAGUGGCCAUCCCAGGCCAGGGGAGGGGAUGGGGAGGUCGGGGGCUGGGCCCUGGGGGCUCCGUGCCUGGAUGUGAUGUUGAUAUUUUAUGUUGCUUUAACCGCCUUUACUUUCUGAGCUAGGGGCUGUCUCCACCCAUAGCAAAAGUGUAACUUUGUUGUAAAUGAGCGUAAGCCUCACCCUGGAGAGCGCUAGUAAGUACAGACCAGGGGAACCCGACCCUUCUCUGUCCUCGCUGAACCAGACCCUGGGCCUGAACCGCACCCCACCACACCCCUCCCCUUCCCCACCCCACACAGUUCCCUCCCUGACUAGCAGGAGACAGGGAGGGCCUGAGGUGAGCUUGGGCCCGGCACAGGUCCUGGGGCGGGGAUUCAGGUGGGGCUGGUGGAGAAAAAUCAGCCCCCUCUGGAUCAGAGGGUCUUCACGUUGGGCGUCUCUCAGCCCGGUGGAGAGCUGGAAGCCUUUUGGGCAUGUGUGCGAACAACCACUUUUCCAGGGGCGGACCCACCAAUCCUCAAACAGGAUGUUAACCUCAACUCUAGAGAUUACAAGACUUGGGCCCCAUUUCACCCCCAAACCUGGUCCCCCAAACUCCCAGCCAGCGAGUGCUCAGCCCAGGUCCAGGGGUCAGAGACAAAGGGGAGAGGGGCCUCCGUGCUCCCUGUGGGACCCAAGCUGGCCUGAGCCUGGGCAAGAGCGUGUUCAACCUGCAGAGACUUCAAGCUGCCAUCCACGUGUGUCCGAAAAUCCCACCCAAGCAGGGCCCACCUGGCCCUGCUUCCUGUUAUUUCUGCUCACAGGGCCCAUUCAGUGGCUGCAUGAGAAAGAGAAAUGUCCCACCAGAGACCCCAUAACACGGAAGGGAAGUAAAAAACCUCACAUCCCAAAAACAACCUGAGCAGAGCUCAAGGUGUUAAUACGUUAUUAAGUGUUAAGGUGUUAAUAUGUUAUUAAUAUGUUGCCCAAGCGCUUUUGCUUUUCUCCACUGAAAAUCCACCCCUCCCCCGCCAGGCCGUGGCCCAGCCAGGCCGCCAGGGUGGGAAGGGGCCCUGGGGUGGUCCACUGCAGGGUGCACUUGCUUGUCAGCUGCUUCUCAGAGCAGUGGCCACCAACUGCAGAGGUCCUCGUGCGCAGAGAUGGUGCUUUUGUGUUCUCAGAACACAUUCUUUUGUAAGUGCGUUUGUCAAGAGAAGAUCCAUUGGAAGGCUCUUACCAGCCAGCACCCCCCGCCCCCGCAGCCGAGCCACUCCCGUUGCUGGAGUGGACAGACAGCCUUGGCCGAGCUGCAAAACAUCUCUGAGCCUCAGUGUUCCCACCUCUGAAGUGGGAGUAACUACACCCACCUCAGCUGGUGAUUCCAGGGGUAGGCCCUCCGGUGCUGCCGGCCACAGAGGGGUGUUCGUGCCGUGGCCCUGGAUGUACAGUGAUUUCUGAGUCAGCUCCUGAGAACAGGACUUAACCUGGCUCACCCCCCACCCCCAUGACCUGGAUUCUGAGUUCGGGAAAUGUGCUCCCGCUCCACACUGUGGGGCCUGCGUAUCAAGCCCAGAGAUAAGCUCUCCGUCAACAAAGAAUACUUUCACGUUAAGUGGUUCUGGACUAUGGGGGGCCAAGGGCAGCUGGGCAUGAGCCCCCAGGUCCCGAAAGUGGGGACAUGGUCAUCGAGGAGGCUGUCAGCUGCUCUUCUGUCACUGCUUUGUUAACUCACGACCACUGUCCCCACAAGGGGCUACUGGCAGAAAUUAGGGGUCCCUCAGAGUCCAAGGCUCAGUGCUUUUAACACCCAUUGUGGCACUGUCAGCCCCUGAGGGGAGCUGGGUGAUGGGAAUAGGUGGGGAGCCCCUCUGGCAUGGGCCACAGUUUGCCACCAGGACAGUGGGGAGGUCUGGGAAAGUGCUUCGGCCCCACUGUCCGCACGUCAUGCAGAUGUAAUGCAACCAGAGGCUUGGCCUCUACUUGUCUGAGAUCUCGGGGACCCUCUCCCCCCUAUGCAGCUGGCAGUCUCUGUGGCUCUUUGCCCACUGAUCCCCUCCCCUGAAGAGGCAUGGACACCCGGCCCUGCCCCAUCCCAGAAUUCCAAAGGCCACAGAAACGUACUUGGCUCCCUGCCUCCAGCAUCUAGCCUUGGGCCUCCCCCAGAGAGCCUCCGCGGGCUGACCUGAGUGCUGGGGCGAGAGAGCUGGGAGCUCUGGCUUGGCUCGGCCACCGUUCACUGGGCCCUGUCCUUGCAGGUGCGGCUUCAGGUCCAGGGCCUGGAGAAGCCUCAGUACCGAGGGACCUUGCACUGCUUCCAGUCAAUCAUCAAGCAGGAGAGUGUGCUGGGCCUGUACAAGGGCCUGGGCUCGCCCCUCAUGGGGCUCACCUUCAUCAACGCGCUGGUGUUCGGCGUGCAGGGCAACACCCUGCGGGCGCUGGGCCGCGACACGCCGCUGAACCAGUUCCUGGCCGGCGCGGCGGCGGGCGCCAUCCAGUGCGUCAUCUGCUGCCCCAUGGAGCUGGCCAAGACGCGGCUGCAGCUGCAGGCCGCGGGGCCGGCGCGCACCUACCGCGGCUCGCUGGACUGCCUGGCGCAGAUCUACCGGCGCGAGGGCCUGCGCGGCGUCAACCGGGGCAUGGCGUCCACGCUGCUGCGCGAGACGCCCAGCUUCGGCGUCUACUUCCUGUCCUACGACGUGCUGACGCGCGCGCUCGGCUGCGAGCCCGGCGACCGGCUGCUCGUGCCCAAGCUGCUGCUGGCGGGCGGCACGUCGGGCAUCCUGUCCUGGCUGUCCACCUACCCCGUGGACGUGGUCAAGUCGCGGCUGCAGGCCGACGGGCUGCGGGGCGCCCCGCGCUACGGCGGCUUCGUGGACUGCGUGCGCCAGAGCUACCGCGCCGAGGGCUGGCGCGUGUUCACGCGCGGGCUGGCCUCCACGCUGCUGCGCGCCUUCCCCGUCAACGCCGCCACCUUCGCCACCGUCACCGUGGUGGAGGCGCACCCGCCGCUGCGGGCGGGGCCGGGGCUGGAGCCGUACAACCGCGGGGCCCUCACGCGCGGCCCCGGGAGGGCAGGGCCGAGGCGAGGACUUUGUCACGGCGAGGCGUGGGAGGCCAGGCUGGAGCCCCCGCCGGGGCUGGAGACUCACGGGGUCUCGAGCCAGGUCACCCGCAGCUAG